UUCUUCUACCUCUCGGUCUCUUCUAUUCUUCUGCAGUAAAAGCAAAGAAAUUUCGAAAACCAACUCAUUAUCCAAUCUUCUCUCCCCAUCUUUCUCCAUAGUUUCAUACAUAAAAAACCUAUGAAUUUCAUUCAUCUCUAGCUAAGCUCUCCCACCAUGGAAACCCAAGCCCCAACUCCCCCUUCAAAGCCACUCAAACUCGAAGGUGAUCGCUCCAACGUCGACACUUCUCGUCCAUUUCGAUCCGUUAAAGAAGAUGAUCGGGAGAGUGACCAGCAAGGGGUUGUCGAUAUGUUGAAGAAACUCGAAGCGGAGCUUAAGGAAACGAAGGCGGAGUUGAGGCUGCUGAAGGAGAGAAAAACCGAGACGGAGAUUGCGUUGGCUUCGCUUAAUGCUGAACUUCAUAGGAGCAUGUCUAAGCUGGCGCAGGUUGAGGAGGCGGCUGCAGCGGCUAAAAGGACGCCGCCGCAGCCGGCGACAUCGACACUUAGGAAGACCACUCUGGGUUUUGAGCUAAUGAAAAGAAUGGGAAAUCAGAUGGCCGUUUGUGAAAUUAAAUGUCUUUUCGAAGGGAAAAGGAAAAUGAAGUUGUUGAAGAAGAAGCCCAUCGUUCCUCUGGUGGGAAAUUGGAUAUCGAAGAAAUCUUCAAAACCCUAUGCAUCUUCUCAACUGUGUUUUAACAAGGCUUAAUUCAAAUAUUAGUCCCUACGCUAUUGUUUUCCCCCACAAAGGUAUUUAACUUAUUUUUAUCAUAAACUAUACUUAAACUAUCAUUUUAUUUUAAAAUUAACUAUAUUCAA